AUGGCAGAGGAGAACCAACAAACCAAUCUUCCAGAAGAGCAAGGGGAACAAACGUUUGUGCUCCCACGAGGGUCAAUGGACUACGUAUUUGGAUCAAUUACAGCAGCAAGAAAGACAUGGCCAGAGGUGGUAGGCCUGACGGCAGAAGAAGCAGAAACAAAAAUAAAGGGGGAAAUGCCAGAAGUUCAAGUUCAUUUGAUUCCACCUGGUAGCUUUUUUACCCUGGAAUACAACCCCCAAAGGGUCCGAUUAUAUGUUGAUUCCUCAGGCAAAGUCACCGAGGCCCCUCAAAUUGGCUAA